UCUUUCUAGACUUUAUCCAAAAAGUUACUGCACUGCAAAAAAUAAAGUUCUGGAGUGUGGAAAUUUUUAAAUUUUAUUUUAACCCAUUCUCUCUUCACAGGGGCUAUGUCUGUGUUAUUGUCAACGUAGCCUCUAAAUGAGGCAAAACCCCUGUAAACUACACUCAGCUUGUCAAUCUUCACGCCAACUAUGCUGAGAAAGGUUUACGCAUCCUCGGGUUUCCCUGCAACCAGUUUGGAAAACAGGUAUUUUUCGGGCAUGUAUGAAUGUGGUUGGCUCUUCAAUGGCACUAAAUAUGGAAUUGGAAUGUACUCAAGGUGUUGGUCCCUUAUCAGUCCUCAUUGCUUAUCCUUCAGGAACCUGGAGAUGAAGCUCAAAUAAAAGACUUUGCUGCAUCCUACAAAGUUGAAUUUGAUAUGUUCAGUAAGAUUGAAGUAAACGGAGAUGGUGCCCACCCUCUAUGGAAGUGGUUGAAGGACCAACCGAAAGGGAGAGGUACUCUUGGGAAGUAUGUACCUUAUCUUUAUAAGGAAUUUAUAAAACAGCAGUAUUUAACCUUAAGCAUUUUUUUUUUCUCUUGUGGUAUAAGCUUUCAUGAAAGAGACCCUGUAGCGUAAAGAAUAUAAAUGUGUAUUCCAAACACUAUCGUGCCCUAGUCUCCAAUUGGGUAACCAGGCUACCACUACCGCCAAUAUUAAAAAGGUAGCCCUUGUCUGAAUACCUAUAGUGUUCCUUUAAAAUGGGGUUCUCCAUAAUCUGGCUCUCAAGAUGUUGCUGAACUAAGAUGUAGCUACAUGAUUUGUUUGAUUGAAAUAGCCACAGAAUCAUGGGAGUUUGGAGAUCCCUGCUUUAAAGGUUUACUCCAAGCACCAUGGCCACCUCAGUGAAUUAAAGUGAAGUCAUGGAGUCUGUAUGUUCAUCAUUUAACUACGAAAAGCUGCACGUUAAGAGUUUAACUUUCACCCCCUGCUGUCAGACAACAUGCUGGCGACCCAGCCAAUGGCUGCAUGCCAAUCCUGAUAUCUGUACCCCAGCUAGGGUAGUGACAUCCGCAGAGGUGGAACUUCAGCACUGAAAAAUACGAGCAUUUCUAUUGUAUAGGCUUGGUAUGUCAUCCAUCCAAGCGUGAGUUGAAAGAUUAUACAUUGCAAUAAAUCUUACAGAAGUCUUCCUGCUUUAAGUAUACCACAUAAUGUGCGUUGCUUAAAAUAGUCAUACAGGCAAAUAGCUUAAACAGAAAAAUUAACUUGCCAAAUAAAGUUCAGUCUAAACAAGGCUUGUAUCUCAAAAUUAUGAAUCCUGUGUUCACAAAGAUUUGAUUAAGCUGUCCAUAGAGGCUCAUCUUCCACAGGACACCUGGCACAGUUUGUUCUGGCAAGUCUCAACAUUCAACAAAAACAGACAUCACGUAGUUCAAUAUGAAAAGAGGGGAGAAACCGCGCAUUAUAUGAAUUAUAUAUACAUACACUUGAUGUCUCUUAGUAGUUGCAGGUAGUUUAUCCUCAAAAAGAAAACAGAAAAUAUAUACAAUAGUGUAGUAUUUUUAACAAUGUUGGAAAAGAAUAAUAAAUAAAACGGAGGUAUUAUACACUCACAUUUGGUAGAGCUACUGUGGGAGCUCUACCGUGAUAGGUGUGGACGGUACAAUCCCCGUCUUAGGAUCACGUAGUUCAAGCUUUAAAGGGACCCUCAAUUGCCAAAAUAAAAUUACUGUUUAGUUGAUAUUGAAACCAUGAAUUCAUUUAAAAAAAAUAAAAUGGUGAGGCUUUUUUUUAAUUUAUUUUUAUUUAUCUUUUAUUUAUGCUUGCAAAAGAAUAAAAUCUCAUCUGAAACCUUUGCAAGCCCUCCCAUUCUUCCCCAAUCCAGACUUUCUGCAACUGUCUGUUUACAGACUUUCCAAUGCAGAUCAGAACAGGUUGUCUGACAGCCAGAGGAGUGUAACAAGAUACAUUUAUAAAAGUGUAAAUUUCUAUUAAAAUAUGCACUUUUUGUAAAAUGAAAGAGGAUACACCUUUAAGGGUCUGGAGUGUUCAUCUAAUGGUGAAAAUACCAAUUAACUGAGCAUAUGGCGUUAUCAGGUGCUAAGAGUGAACCACUUUGAUAUUGGAGUGGGGUGGGGGGGUACCAAUUUUAAAAUAAAAAAAGAAUUUUAGCAAGAAAACUAUUUUUUUUAAACAAGUGUGUGUGUGUGUGUGUAUAUAUAUAUAUAUAUAUAUAUAUAUAUAUAUAUAUAAUUUUAUUUAUUUUUUUUUCUGCCCCCUGGUUUGCGAUAUGUGCCUAUUAAUCAUUCAAAAGUCUGCCUUGAUGUGUAGCUGAUACACAUUAGUAAAUCGCUAGAAAGUUUUAUCAUGUCUUACUGUCAAAACAAUUUGUUAUACAGCAUGAAUUCAAAUGCAACUUUUUUUUUUUUUUUUUCCUAGUGCCAUCAAAUGGAACUUCACAAAGGUCAGUCAGUUCUACUACCAUUGUAUUGUCCAUAUGUUUCAAAGCCAGAUAAAAUGUUUACAUUUUUAUAUAUUCUUUUUCAUACUCAGUUUCUCAUUAAUCGUGAGGGUCUUGUGGUGAAGAGAUUCAGCCCUAUGGAUGAUCCAGUUGUAAGUUGGCCUUUGCUUUUCUUUCUUAAUAUACAGACAGAACGAACAUUUAUUUUAAGUUUUAAAAAACAAAACAAAAAAAAACACAGUAUAGAAAAGCAUGACAAACCUGCACAAAGAAUUCCAUAAUUUCUUAGACUGGCUGUUCCCUAAGUUUAUUGAUUUCCAAGUUGAAAUAGAGGUGACUAAAGUUCUGAAGACUUUCUAUUGUGAGUACCUAGAUGGCUGGUGGUCUGCUGUAGGAAAAUAACUGUUGGUUGUGAGAUGCUGUCUUGGUAAUUGUUGUGACCUUGAGUGCAUAGUGUCCCAUUAAAGUCUUAAUGAGCUGGUGCAUAUUAGCGUUAUUUUGGUGUAGCUAGAGUUGAGAGGACUUAUUUUUAUGCACAUAAAAAGGGCUGGUGUUGGUAAAUCGCAUAAUUUAAUUUAAAAAAAAUAAAAUUUUAUAUGUUUGGAAGCAGUUUUAUCUUUUGAACAAAAAUGGUCAAGUCGUUUUAAAUGACCCACUGCUUCACGACCAUGGGGAAAGAACCAAACAGUGAAACUGUAUUUUGAGUAUCUACUUGGCAUAGAUGACAAGGUAAAGAUAAAUCCAUGAAGCUGAGUGGUAAAAGGAAGUGACUAUGAAAAGUGUUUGGAUGUCUACUGGUGACACUGCGGGAUAGUGCAGAAAACUAUGCUUGUGUCAUCUGGAAUGUUCAGGGCUGAAUUCUCUGUACAUAAUGGAAAAUAAAGUGUGUGGUGUGUGUAUAUACUUAUUAACCCUUAAUAGGGAACACAUGGCUGCUGCCCAGGAGUGAUGGGAGUGAGCGCAGGACUUCUCUUUUUGUAUUUGUAUUCACUUUUUGUAUCACACAGCUUUGUUACAAUGCAGCCGCCCAUCCCAUGUGUUCCCUAUUAAGGGUUAACCAGUAUAUAGGGGUGUAUAUAAAAAAUACCCCUCUGUCUCAUUAGAGAUCUCCUUGCUUACUUGAGCUUCUGGCAAAGAGAAGGGUCAGAGUAGGACCCACCUGAGGGGGUUUGCCUCGACUGGGCAGGCGGGCAUUCCCUCCAGUGGUCAUUGGAGUAACUAAAUGACCUCAAUUUGUUUAAAUAUACAUAGGGAUGUAGGAGAGCGCAGGUAACUUUUUUUUUUUUCUCCUCUCUUCUCUGGUUUUCUUAUAGUAAAAUCAGAUAUUGACCAGACUAAUUCUUGCUGGUUGUUAUCUUAAAUAUUGGCAACCAGAUCGAGAUAUUGGAAUAAUUUUGAUAUACAAUUGGUUAUUUUGCAGUAAUUAUCUCCAGGUUAAGCCUACUGGUCAUUCACUGGCUGAGAGCGUCGGCUAAGUGCUCUCAGCCAAUGAAUGACCCUUUUGUGCAAAGAAUAUACACAGAAUUUACACUAGUUAGCCUAGACAUCUUCAGGCUUACUAAUAACAUGCUAUUUACAGUACUAGUGGUGGCAUUACAUUUCUGAAAGCAAUAUAAAAUAUCUCGGUAUGUGCAGAGUUUCAUAUUGUAAAGCUGCACCUGCUGACUUAACACCAAGACCACUUCAAGCCACAGAAGUAGUCAUGAUACUGAACUGUGUUAUUGGAAAAUCAUUCCAUUGAUGGGUUCUGGAGACCUUUUUAUAAUGAACCAUGAGACCAAGUUUAAAAGGAAACUAUAUAGUGCCAGAAAAAACAUGUUUUCCUAUGGGGUUUCAGGCGACGUUGGAGGUCCUCAUGCAUCAGGCGACCAAAACUUGUAAACAUUUAAGUAGACAGCCGCUAGAGGUGGAGUUAAUUAAUUACCUUUGCAGGGUUAAGGGGAAUUGGACAGUACACACACUCGCCUUCAGUGUGCUGAAGUGGUCUGGGUGCCUAUAGUGUCCCUUUUAUGUGGCUUAAAAGGUCUCAAGAUUAAUUUCUCCCACAAUACUUGUUUUGCCCCCUGACUUAAGAGGUGGUUCAUUGCCUUCUGUGCAUUAGUCUGCUUUACAUAUUGAUGUUUACAAAGAUGGGAUGUUUCUUGCUUCAAAUAUAGAUUUACUCUGGGUUGAAUUUUAUUCUUUUUUCAGGUAAUCGAGAAGGAUCUUCCUGACUACCUUUAGGAUGGAUCCUUGUACCCAGUGUCUGACAGAAAGAUCUUUGGUUUCCAGUCCAGAUAAUGAUGGUAUGCCUCAAAACCGCCAGGGGGAGGCAGACCGGAUGGUGUAUUGGCGUGCACCCCUGGAUGGGAAACUUGAGCUCCACUGUACAGAAACUGUUCUACCGACAAAAGCAUCAACAAUAAAGUUCUAUUUAAACCUAUUA